AUGGGGCAUCCUCCCCGGAAGUUGCUUUAUUUCAUCGAAAGUCUCCUGUGCAAGUAUGGCAAGACGGCAUUGGAUAUCUUUAGGAGGACCGAGAAACUCUCCUUCCGCUCCAAAAAACUGCAGAAAGACAUCAAAUUCCUGAAUCAUUGCAGAAGUUACAACGUAAUUCCCAAAUUCCUCAACUUUCGAGUACACAACCCUGCUUUUGAGAGCACUCUAACUUAUCGCUCUUGGUGUUUUGUUCUUCUCGACAGAGAAAUCACCAGUCAAAAGAAAAAAGACAUUGUAAUCACCAAAAAACUCCAAAAUGAUUUAGCAUUAUUGAAAUCUGUACUAUCCCCUCUUGACUAUAUUUGCAUCUGUAGACUGAUCAACAACAACGUCCGUAAAAAACUACUCAAAGUAGAUAAUAUCCACAGUAAGAAACUUUUAAAACUCGGUAUUGAUGUGAAGAAAAGAGUUGAUAUAAACAAGGUUAUUUUCAAUUUUUCUGACAGAAUCCUUACCGAGGAACAAAAAGACGUUCUUGCCCAUGGACUGGAUUACUGUAUGCCUCCCAAUAUGAUUUCCUUUCAUAAUUUUUAUCUAUAUUUUGAAAAGCUAUGUAUUGUUCUAAAAAGCUCUGAUAUUUACAACAACACUCUCAGUAAUGUCACCAAUAAUAUAACUACCAUAGCUAACAACACUUUCAAGAAAUUCUCUCGUCAAACCAAAACUAAUACUGCAAAAGCUUUCGCGUUACCCCUGCAAACGCUUAAGAAUGAUGAGACUAUAACAAUCACCAAACCAGACAAAGGUCGUGGAAUUGUCAUCCUAAACAAACGUGACUAUCACCAAAAAUUACUUGACAUCCUAAAUGACCAUACCAAAUUUAAAAAGAUCACAACUGAUAUAUCUACCCACUUACUAUAUCUCGAAGAAAAAUUAAAAAGAUUACUCCGGACGAUUAAAUCGUCCAUUGGCGAAAAUACCUAUAAUUUAUUAUCUACCUCUGGCUCCCGACCCGGAUUACUGUAUGGUCUCCCCAAAGUACACAAACAUAACUUACCACUUAGACCCAUAAUUUCAUCUAUUGGCACCUUCAAUUAUAAUACGGCUAAAUUUCUGGUUCCCAUUUUAUCUCCUUUAACCACCAAUCAGUAUACCAUUGAAAAUUCCACAGCCUUUACUAAUGAAAUUAGAUCCCUUGACCUUAAACAACCCGUCACUAUGAUUAAAGAAGUCAACCACAGAGUGAACAUGUACAGAAAACAUUUCCGAAGGCAAAGAACCCCUGACAACCUAGCCUUCCUAAAGGAAGUUGUAAGGGAUGACAAGAAAACUGCCAAAAGAAAUUUUGGCAACAGGUCAGACGAGCGAACAGCCGCUCAGUCCCGAGGUGCACACACCAUGACCCUCAAUCAGGGGCAAAUAGACUGGAGCACGAGUUCUCUGCAAGAACAAGCAGCAACAAGCUGGAAGAAGGCUACCAUAGUUCCUAUCCCAAAACCAAAGGAGCCAGGGAAGUAA